CUUUUUUCCCGUCCCAUCAGUCUUUCUUAUCUUUCUUCACUUACCUUUUCGCAUCUUUCUUUCUCUUUCUUUUCUCUCUCUUUCUUUCACACACACUCUCAUUCAUACUUUCUUUCCCUUCCUCUGCUUUUUCCAUCCACCGCUACUUGUUUUAUUUAUUUAUUUAUUUAUUUAAUUCUCUCCACACAUGAUUGCAUUUCAUGAAGAGAUUGAGGCGUCUGUAGAUAGCUUGAGUAUCAACGACAAUGAGUAUAAAGAGAUAAAGCCUGAGACUAAGGGCAACAUCGAUAUCGGCAUCAAUAUUGAGGGCGUUGAAGAAAAACAACAAGAUGAAAAACAACAGCAAAAGGAAAAAGAAAAACGCAAAGAGGAUUGCAGCGUCCUUGUUAACAAGAAUCCUCUUGACCUGGCCGAGAUUAGAAGCCAAAUCAGUAGCUUUCUUGAACCAAAAGAAGCUCUCGCUUGUAGCCAUGUGUCCACUGCCUGGAGCACUGACUUUGCUCGCCAAGUCUGGAAUACGGUUGACCUCAAGGAUCGACCUCAAUUCAAGGAACUAGAUCCCAAGAUCAUCGCUAAGAAUGGACACUUCAUCCGAGUCAUCCGCAACAUCAAACUACGAUCAGAACUCAAUCUCUUUCGACAUCCCAGCGUCAGGAAUCUGAGGAGCCUUAGUAUCCAAGUCAAGGAUAAGCGUGGUUUCCAUCAGCAGACUACGCAACUUAUUCGUCGCAACCUCUAUACUCUCUUGAAUCUUGACAUCUCAGGUGAUGACUCGAGAGAUCCGCAAACAGCUUAUGCUUUGGAGGAUGCACUGUUCCCCCCGAAAUCCCUCUAUACCCCUAAUCUGACGAAACUUUCGAUCCGAUACAUGUCCAUGGCCCGUCAAUCACUGUGCAAUAUCCUGGCUGGAUGUCCAGAUCUCAAAGAUAUUAGAAUCCGAGCAUGUUCUUUUUUAGAAUCUAAUGAAGAAGGGACAUCGCAUCUCUUCAAACAUCAAGGCAUCACUCACCUAUCAGCAUCUAUUGAACAAGUCUUCACAGCGACUACUGAGCAACCGGAUAUUGUUCCAUUGCUGAUCCAUUUCCCGAACAUCACAACCUGGGAGGUUUGGAGCAGCAAGAACUUCCUGGAUGACCCUACGCCUGAAACCAUCUCUGCCAAGGUUCAGCAGUAUUGCCCUCAUAUUCGAGAGCUUCACAUCAAUGACACAGCUAGCAGCAUCGUCAACAGUCUGUUAGUCAAAACCUUCCAAGAUUUGACAGCGGUCCGUUUCCAUUACAGACACAUCACGCCUGCGGUCGUCCUUGGUUUGUUACACCAUAAGAAUACUCUCAAGUCUGUUUUGACAUUCGAGUCUGACUCCCCAGAUAACUUUUAUCAUCUCGAAACUGUCUAUCGAGAGGAGGACAACUUCUCUGAUGCUUGGAUGAUUCAGCUGUUGUUGUCAAGUUGCCCUUAUAUUACCGCAGUUGAAGUCCCGGUUCAUGAGAUGGAUAUGGAUCUGGUAGAGCAUUUCCCUUGGAUUUGUAAGGGCUUGACAAACCUUCGGAUGCGCGUUCGUGGACUGAACACUGAGCCCAUGAUCAUGGCAGUGAUCAAAAAGUGGCGUCGUGCAGCUUUCGAAAGGCGGAACCCUGGCAUGGUGUGGACAGAUGACACUGAGCUCGAGGCUAAGCCUGAUCAAGUGAGUGAAGUGAGUGUAGUUGAGAAGGCUGCAGAAUCGCCCGAGACACAGGCGUCUGAGGCUCAGCAGGAGCUAGAGAUUGUAUCUGUGGCUGAGACCCAACAGGAACCAGAGGUUGUACCGGUGUCUGAAGUCCAAGAAUCGCCCGUGUCUGAGGUUCAGCAAGAAUCACCUGUGCCUGAGGUUCAGCAAGAGUUUGAGGUUGUAUCUUUACCUGAGGACCAAGUCGUGAAUGCGAGCCUUGCCGAAGAGGAAGAGACUGAACUACAGAUCCCUGAAGAGAAUAUUGAAGAGCACAAUGCCGAAGCUAUCACAAUAGUAGCACAACAAUCUGAGGAAGUGUCUACAUCUGGAUUAACAGUUGAAGCACAGAUCAAGACUACAGAGGAUCAGGAGGUGCACACUGGCGAAACUACACCAACUGAGUACUCUGAAGAACAACGAACAGAAUCCACUGUUGAAGCACAGGUAGCAGAGGAGAGGAUGCCACAGGCACACACAGAAGAGGAGACGCAGGCACACACAGCAGAGGAAACGCAAGCACACACAGAGGACACACAAGUAAAUGUCGAAGCGCAGGCACAAGUGCACGUAGAAGAGGCUAUAGUUACGGAAGAGGAGGCUACAGUGGAGGUUACAGUAACUGAAAUUAGAGCAGAGUUGUCUCAAGAGAACCAAGCACAAGAGACACAGACAGAACCCGUUGUGGAAACACCAAAACCAGUAGAGAUUGAUGAGGUGUUUGUUGAUAGAGUUGUGGCACAUUUACUUCAAUUCGAGAAAUUAACACAAGUGUGGCUCGGAUACAAGGUCUGGACAGUCUAAAAGACAUUGACUAGAACGAAGAAAACUAGAACAUACCCAAGAUCCUCUCCUGGAAACUGAUCUUCCUAUUAUUCAGAACAUACAAAUUACAGAAAAAAAAAUAAAUGAAUGUAAAUAUCUUUUUGGAAACGGA